UUCAAUUUGUAGACGUAAUAUAAAAUUACUAAACAUUUAUAAAAAAACGAAUUUCACAAACCUAUUCCUGAAAUAAAUUAUUAAAUAAAAUAGAAGCCGAACAAAAAUCAUGUAUACUGUACAACCAAACAAUGUAGUUUAUGGGUUUAAUUACAUAUGAGUUAUCAGACAUACAGAAUUCUGGUAUAAUAUAAACUGCACUAUAAAGACUCAAAGCACAAAUAAAACUACAUCAUACAAUUAUAUUUCUCACGAAACUGCAAUGCUUAAUGAUCCCAAAUUUCUUUAAAUUUAAUACAUUAUUGAUCAAUUUAAUAAUAAGACAAGUGUAAAAUACAUGCAAGCAACUAAUCUAAAAGCAAACAAAAAACCUAAAAUGUAAAAAGGCAAAGUGUCAAAGCAUCAGUCAAUAAAAGAAGUAAAAGGUCUAUACCAAGUGCUUUCCACGCUCGUGUUGCCCAUCACCAUCGGUUUGAAAAGAGAGUGACAGGUCUUUGUUGGUGAAUAGAAAUCAGUGGCAUAGGAGAGAGGGAGAACUCCUCCUACCCAAUUACCCAAGCUGGGCAGGCGUUUGCUCUCUUCACAAAUAGGACACAGGAUCUCUAACACACACAGUCCCAAACCUGACUUUCAAGCAUUCGGAUCCCCAGUAGGAGAUUGGGACUAUCUGAAAUCACCAUUUAAAACUUCAGACGCGUAAACAUCUCGUCCAGACUUCUGGUUUUGCCUUAUAUCAUCCGGACUAUACUUUUUCCCUCCUAGACAUUGGAGAAGUGGACUGGUUCCUGUCUCUCAGCUUGUUCUUGCGUUUUCCAUCAAACUCUAUCGGCUUCGUUUUUAAGCUUGCAUUUGUGUGAAUUUGUUGGUGCAGAUCCUCUCGGAUGUUUUAAGGAUCCGGACAGUUGUAUAUGGAAGUUGUGGGGUGCAAGGCGAAAGAAAGCAGUUGCACAUUGCGUCCAGCAGCCAUGCUUUUCCACGGCAUCUCUGGGGAUCAUAUUCAAGGGAUCAUGGAGGAGAUGGAGAGGAGAUCCAAAACGGAGUCUCGUCUUGGUAAAACCGUUCAGAUGAACGGGCGAGAGACGACUAUGCCCUCCAUGAGUCCAGAGAAGCCUGCCUUAUGCGCCGGCUGUGGUGGGAAAAUCUCGGACAGAUAUUACUUACUCGCCGUUGAUAAACAGUGGCAUUUACGGUGUCUGAAGUGUUGUGAAUGUAAACUGGCCCUCGAGUCCGAACUGACGUGUUUCGCCAAGGAUGGCAGCAUUUACUGCAAAGAGGAUUACUACAGGUUCUCCGUGCAGAGAUGUGCCCGCUGCCACCUUGGUAUCUCCGCAUCGGAAAUGGUGAUGCGCGCCAGGGACUCCGUGUACCAUCUGAGCUGCUUCACCUGCACCACAUGCAACAAAACACUGACCACGGGUGACCAUUUCGGCAUGAAAGACAACUUGGUUUACUGCCGGGUUCACUUCGAGACCCUUAUUCAGGGAGAAUAUCACCCUCAAUUAAACUACGCUGAAUUAGCGGCCAAAGGCGGGGGGCUUGCUUUGCCUUACUUCAAUGGCACGGGCACGGUGCAGAAAGGAAGGCCGCGGAAGAGGAAGAGUCCGGCGAUCGGGAUAGAUAUCGGCAAUUACAACUCAGGUUGUAACGAGAACGACGCGGAUCAUUUGGAUCGCGAUCAGCAGUCGUACCCUCCUUCCCAGAAGACCAAGCGCAUGCGCACGUCCUUCAAACACCAUCAGCUCCGCACCAUGAAGUCCUACUUUGCCAUAAACCACAACCCUGAUGCAAAGGACUUAAAACAGCUGGCCCAAAAAACGGGCUUGACCAAGAGAGUUCUUCAGGUUUGGUUCCAAAACGCACGGGCCAAAUUCAGAAGGAACGUUUUGCGGCAGGAGAAUGGGGGUGUUGAUAAGGCUGAUGGCACAUCACUUCCGCCGCCCUCAUCUGACAGCGGUCCUCUGACCCCACCAAGCACGGCCACCACACUAACUGACCUGACCAAUCCCUCUAUCACCGUAGUAACAUCAGUGACCUCUAGUUUGGACAGCCACGAAUCUGGGAGUCCCCCACAAACUACCUUGACAAACCUUUUCUAACACGGAUUUGUUUUUAUUUUUUGUCCUUUAUCACCCCCUUUUUUUCUGAUUGUUGUCCACGAAACACUUUUUGGAGACCAGGGAAAGACCUUUGGACAUUGAACAAAAAUGAAAGACCUAAAUGUGUAGCAUUUGCAACCGCGUGGCAGCUGAGUUUGUUUUUUUUGUUUGUUUUUUUGGUUAAAAAUCUGCACAGUUAUCAUUUUAGACGGUGACUAAUUUUUAUUUUUAAGACAUUAAAAUGUGAGUUUCAGUUUAAAUACCCUCCAAAAAUAUAUCUGCACACUGUGUGCCAGCAUACAUGUUAUGUUUUUUGCAUUUUAGCCUUUCUGGUAUGGAAAUACAAAUAUAUUUGUAAGAACGUAAUAUAAAGAAAAUUAUUUAUUUCAUUUGUAUCUUAAAUUGGACAUACUUUUCUUUAAAUGGUUUAGGUUUCACCGUGCAGAUCUUUACAGUGAUUGUAGCUCAUUCUGUACCUUCACAUUACAGUUGUCUCCAAAACUCAAAUGCCCAGCGGAUGCUGUAACCUCAAUUUAGCACUGUUCCCUCACCGAUUCUGCAAUGAAAAAUCAAACUGUACACCUGUACUUCAUCUGUACAGUAAGAAAUGCUUCAAAUGCCCGAUUUUGGCACGACGUUGUGCAAUAUCAGAUUUUCAAGGUGGCCUAAUGAAUUGUUUCUAAAGUAGCAGAUUUAACCCUGUCUGUUUGGGCCUCAACUAGUGGGACAACUGUUUCGAAUUAAGAGAUAAAUACUCGGUGACAAUAUGGUGCCCAGUAGGAAACAUUAUGAGCGAGUCCCUCAUGCUGAAUGUAGGUCCCAGCGUGACUUGUGAAUGCUAAGCAGGAAGUUCCUGCUGCUUUUAUGAAUCCAGAAAAUUCAGAAUUGAUAAGCGAGAUAACUCGAAGAGAAGCAUCUUUUCUUUUCCUUUUCUAAGACGGACCCUUGCCACUGAACAGACCAAAAAAUAUUUAUUGUGGGUUGGAGGUGCAGGGCAGUUUAAGAUCGGUCGGGGUAAAACAUUUCCUAAAUUUGUUCUGUUGUAGAACAAAGUGGUACACUAGAUCUACUUCAUGAAGUAGAUGCUUAACUCAGUUCUACUAUGUGCCUUACCUUGGAAGAGAGUUUGUGAAAUUCAGGAGAUACAUGUUUGUUUGUUAAAUGAUUUACAUUCUUGAAACGCCUCACUAGUUUUGUACUGUUCUGUUUUCCAUCUGACUUUUGGAAGAUCUUUUUAAUAGCGUAUUCUGUUACGAGGGGGCAGCAAUGUCAUAGAAAGCAGUUCAGUGCACUCUUUCUGAUAUAGUUGGUAAAUCCGAGAAUCAUAUAUAUUGAUCUUCGUGUUAAUAGUACAGUACGUGUUCUGCCGAGAUUGUCCAUGUUUCCUUGUUUCUUGAAAAUGAUGGUGUAUAGAAACUAUUUCCCCUUAAAUAUUUAUGGACCAAACAGUUGUUAUAUCUUAUUAAAUUUGUGUGAAUAAAA